AUGGAACCCAUCACAAUCGACUCCAGCGACGUAGAGAACACGGCUCCCAAUGGAGCGUACGACAGGCCAACGACCGGCCGCGACCCCCGGCUACGCCCUGGCACAUACUACGCCGGCAGACCCACAAGAGCCUGCCCAACCGGGAUCCGACAGGCCCGAGCGCCACCGCGCCGAGCCCCGUCGCCCCCGAUGCAGCCAACCAUGCCCAGAGCGCCACCGCGCCGAGCCACGCCGCACCCAAUGUCCGAGUCGUCGGACGAGUCUCGGUCAGCCUCGCCAACUCGGCGCGCCGCGCCACCAACGCCUCCACGACCCUCGGGCCGCUCCCGAGCCCCGUCGCCCCCGAUGCAGCCAACUACGGCCCGAGCGCCACCGCGCCGAGCCACGCCGCACCCGAUGUCCGAGCCUUCGGAUGAGGCCCCCUCAACAUCGCCACCACGGCGCGCCGCGCCACCAACGCCUCCACGACCCUCGGGCCGCUCGGCCUCCCCGUACUACACGGACAGGACUGGACGCAGGAUCCCCUGCUCUCAAGCUCCGCCGUCGGGACCCUACCAAGGGUAUCACAACCCGGAUGCGCCGGGUCACUCGCCCCAUGUAGCCCUCGCCAGCAGGACCCGGAGUCAGACGAGGAUGACGACGAGGAGGGAGACUCCCGAUCCCCCCAGUCCAGCUGCCCCGACGCGCGACGAGGACUACGUGCUGGAGGAUGCCACCGACAGCGACGCCACCCCUCUGUACGCCGGAUACCACGGGGAGGAAGCUAGCGAGCAGAGCAACGACGACGCGCAAACAAUUAGUAGCGACAGCGAGCCAGACGAUGGUGCCCCUUCGGCAGCCCACUAUCAAUGGGAAGGAGAGGAGCGGUACGGGUUCUGGCGGGGAUCGUGGAUCCAGUUAAUCCACGCCCGCUACACCUCCAUCCUCAUCGAGGCACCCUUCCGGCCAACUCCUGACCCAAUCAUCACCUUUCCCCCGUCACCGGAGAGGCUGUGUAUAAUGGCCCCGGACGAAGACUGGGAAAUGGACUUGGGAAACGCACCCGAGGUCCGCCCGCCGCCGCCAGCACUGGGGGAAGAUGCGGCCCUACCCAUCUUCCCCGGCGACCGGGCAGGUGACAACGCGCCAUUGACGACAACGAGCAAGCAAGCGCUCCACCUCAUCCACCCCGCGGAUGACAACGCUCCACUGGCGUCCACGAGCCAGCAAGCGCUCCACCUCCAGACAUACAACGACACAUCAUUGGCGUCUACCAGUCAGCAAACGCGCCACAGUACCAACCAGGCGGAUGACAACGCCCCGCUAGCAUCCCCAAGCCGAGGCCCAAUUCCCAUCGCUAACGAAACCACCGAGCAGGGCUACCAGCCCACCGGGAAGGCGAUGGAAGGCGCAACCACGGCCACCGCCGAACAUUGCUGUGCCAAACCAGCAAUCCUCGGCCCACCGCCGCGGGAUAGCCAACGCAAGGAACGCGCCGCCGAGACCAACCGCCGAGCAGCAAACCAUAGUCGCUCCACUAUCGACGAGGAGGUCACUCCCCCAGCCACCCCACGUGUCGGCUUCGGAGAUCGCGGGUUCGAUCUCUCUCCGGGCACGAUGGAUAUACUCAUGGAGGAGCUCGAGCCGGGAGUAGAGGGUCUGCUACAGGAGUUAAUCCCAGAUUGGGACCCGAGCGCACCUUCGACAGCACCAGUUCCUGCGGCCACCACCGCCGAUGAGGUCCCACCUCCGGCACCGCGCUUCCCGCGCCCAGUCCCUGCGGCCACCACCGCCGACGAGGUCCCACCUCCGGCACCGCGCUUCCCGCGCCCAGUUCCUGCGGCCACCACCGCCGACGAGGUUCCACCUCCGGCGCCACGCUUUGCUCGUCGAGCCCCUCCGGCGGAUGAUUUCACCACCGACGACCCAACGCCCGAGCGAGUCGCCAUACCAGCCGCCUGGUGGACUAACACGCACGACCAGCGAGUUCCACUGGCGGUUUGGCAGGAGAUAGCGCGCCGGAGCCAUGCCGCACAGUACUCCCGUCAGCGCUUCCGCGUCCGCACGCAGGAAGGACCAUACCAAAUCACCAUGAAAACGACAGAAGAAGUCCAGAUCCGUUUCGGCCGGGCGGACCGUCGCGCCACUAACGCUGGUUUCCCGCGUACUGUGUACCGCCACGACUACGAGUGCAUCCGCGUCCGUAUCCACUCCCAGAGUAGGGACACUCCGACACACGCUGCCGCCACGCCUGCAUUGGCCAUUCCGCACACCGUGCAUCACCACGGUGACUCGAGAAUCUCUGCCUGA